AAAUAGGUUCGGUGUUGGUGUGGAAAGCCGUUGUCCGAACCUCCAUGUUCUUUUACUACUUUACCCUUCUUCACUUCCCUCUCAUUCUUUACUCGUUUCUUUGUUCAAAUCGACGAGUUUUUGAGCGAGUGACGAGUUUCAGGUUUUCAGCUGGUGCUCUGCUAUGGACAGUUUCGGCUUUCUCAAUGACGAGAGUCCUAUCGUCGUUGCAGAUGAUAAAACUAGAGGAAAGGAAAUGGUAAAGGGAUCUAACGUUGGAAGUGUGCCAAGGAAAAGACUAGCUGACAUAAGCAACAUUCAGCCACCGACUAAGCUUUCAAAUGAAACUGAUUCCCUUGCACCUAAGGCGUACGUUGACCAGCUCCACAAGGAAAAUAUGACCCUGAUGAAAAUUCUCGCAGAAAGAAAUAAAUUGAUUGAAGUGAAUGGAAUUGAGCUACAGAAGAUGAGAAUCAAUUUGCAGAAAGCACAGCAACAGAAUUUGCAACUUGCCAAAGAAAACAGUUCGAUGUUGGCGGAACUUAAUUCAGGUAAAGAUAGGUUGAGAGUACUUCAACAUGAGCUGGGAUGUAUAAACACCUUACAUAAAGCAAGAAAAUUUCUUUUAGAGGAUAAAGCAAAUACACUGACGUGCCAUACUUCUGGAAAUCAGAUAGAAGCAGACAAACAUGGCAAGGGAGGCCAAGCAGAAGAGCAGGGCAAGAAACCUUGUAAUACCAACAGGACACAACAAUCAGAGAAUCAAUCUUCAGAUUCUUCUACUGUUAAAUCAGUCCAAGAUAAAGAGGAAGUUGAUAAGAAGAGGCUUUGUUUGAGAAGGCAAUCUGCUAGGUUUAAGCCUGAAGAGCCGAAGCAUUUGGAGGAAAGGCUUUGUUUAAGGCAAUCUGCCAGGUUUAAGUGUGAAGAACCAGCAUCAGAGCCAGAACCAGAACCAAAACUAGAACCAACUCAGAAAAGAAGGCAAUCUGCUAGGUUCAAAUCCGUUGCAUCAAAACCAUCUGAGGAUAUAUUUGAAAUAGAUGGUGCUAAAGCUCAUGUUUCUAGUGAUAAACCGGUACAUAAUAGUGAUCAUUCCGAUUUAUCUGUUCAAAAAGAGCACAAAGAAGGAAACAGUGACCAAAAUGAUGAAGUUCAAGGAACUAGGAGAAGAUCUUCCGGAAGGCCCUUGCGCCAGGCAGCCGAGAAGGUGCAAUCGUACAAAGAAAUUCCUCUUAAAGUCAAAUUGCGCCGAGAAAAUUGAGCAUAAAAUUUUCCCCACUCCCCAGUAAAAUCUACUGCAUAUUGCACAUUUCGUGUCCCUUGUUUUUGUAUUAUCUGUUGUAUUGACACUAUUUUGAUUCAUCAUACAUGUUGCUAAUUCUCUGUAAAAUUCUCCUAUCUACGCCCAAUUCAAACCUCAAGUUUUAGUCU